GUUAAACACCACCAUGGGGAUUGGGGAGUAUAUAAACACUCCUGCGUCGUCGUUUCGAUCGCUCCGUCUCAUGUCACCUGAUUUCCAGUCUCUAGGCCGUCCAAAAACAAAUCGGGACGCCAUUUUCCCACUCCAUACUAAUCAGCUCGCAAUCCGGAGCAUUGAACAGCCAUGGGUUUUGGAGCCCUAAAAUCCAUUCUCCGGCCGGUAUCAAGGAUCCUUUUACCCGUCUCUCAUUUAUCCCAAGCGUCGAAAAACCUCUCUCCCCUCUCUCCCCCGGAGCUCCGCCACCUACCCGUCCCCUUCCGCCGCAACACACCGUGGUUUAGGCCUUGCAGUGCAUUCCACAGCCUUACGGAUACCAGGUACCCCAAACGUAGACCCAGCGACCAUCCCCGCCGCAAAAGGGCCAGCUUGAAACCACCAGGUCCAUAUGCCUGGGUGAAAUGUGUGCCUGGGGAACCGAUACUUCCAAACCAACCAAAUGAAGGAAGUGUGAAGAGGAGGAAUGAGAAGAAAAGAAUCAAGCAGCAUCGCCAAUUUAUAAUGGUACAUUUCUCUUAGUUGUUCAGUUUCGUAAAUUGUAUUGUGAUUGAGGUGCUACUUGCAAAGAGAUGCACAUUGAACUCUUGGAAGUUGGAGUUAGAACUACCUUUUGCAGUGCACUUGUGAGGAGUGAUGUGUCCUAAGUUUUUAAUCUGGUAAAUUUCUUGCUGGCAAUGGUAUCUGCCUAGUUUAGAUGCCCGAGGAUGUGAAAAAAUGCUGUAUCAUCUAAAAACCUAACUUACCUUUGGAUGGGUUUUAUUUGUAAUGAUUUUAGGACUAGGAGGUGAAGGAAAUGUGUAUAAACGUAAUGUAUGUGACUUCAGGCGGUAAUUCAAGGUUGUAGUGCUUGUGUAGAUUAUUUAACAGACAUGAAGAUAAACUUUAGUUUUAUGUUUCACCAGAGAGUUUAUAGUCACUGAAGAUAAAAUUUGGAGAACUUUUGGUUCAUUUGUUCUUGCUUGGACUGAGUUUAGGCACUCAUCUAGUCAACUCUUCCUGGUAUGCUUUCUUCAACUGAAUACAAUCUCAUAGAAAUUAAGUAUACAAAUGGGCUGAAUUUUGACCUUUCGUUAUGAGUUAUCCUGGUCCUAUUUUUGGUUGAGGUUGACCUUGGAUCUGAUUAUAGAUGAUCCAAGUGACAGCUGCAGAAAUUGCAGAAUUUAUUCUUAAGCAUGAUUGUAAUUUUAAUCCCAUUUUUGCAGACAGAUCGAUUUGUUUUUUGAGCUCUAGUCUGAUUUUAGGAUAAUGACGACUUUGGAUAUGUUUUGUUGCUUUCUGCUCUUGGAAACUGCCCCAAGUUGCUUCUCUUGAUAGGUCCUAUGAAGAAUGCAUGUGGAGUUUGGAUUAGUAUUAAGAAGGUUAUUGGGGUACUAAAAUAUGUGCCACAAUUGUUUCAUCUUCUAAAGAACUAUUGGAGGCUGACCAAUUCUUUAUCUACUACCUUUUGGUAGUUGCGGGUGGUUAUUGACAGAUAUAACCAUGGCUCACUAAAGUUCUCUGUAUCUCAAAGCUCGGCAAGCUGCACUGCAGUUUUCUUUCACGCUGUUUGUUCUCUGCCAAAAAUUGGUUUCAUAUCUUUGCACAUUUUUUAACGAAAUUGAGAUUCUCAUUCUGUUUCUAAACAUCUAUCAUUUUUACAAAGACUAACUCAUUCUCGUUCUUGAUAUUAGAUUGUGCCUGUUCUUUAUACCCAUCAGAGGUAUUUUCUAACUAUGUAUCUCUAAUAUUCUGUGAUGCGGUGUAGUCUGAAAAAAGGAAGCGGAAAGCUCAAAUGCAGGAGGCUAGAAAGAAAAAGUUAUUGAAAAGGGUGGAACGAAAGAUGGCUGCAGUUGCAAGGGAAAGAGCCUGGGCUGAAAGAUUGGUUGAGCUGAAAAGAAUUGAGGAGGAGAAGAAGAAAUCAACAGCAGCUUGAUUGGAUUACUUCAGGCAUCUCUAAGUUGGUAGCGCACAUUUCUCUUUUCUUUUUUCCUUUUAAUGACGAAGUUGGAUAUGUAGUAAUUUGCCCUUUUGUUAUCAUUAUAUAAAUGAGGUGCGCUGAAAUUCUGGAUUUUGACAUGUUGUGUUAAGUUUUUCAUUUCUAUUUUCAAUGCGAAAUUGGAGAUUUUCCGCUCGUCCCAUUAUCUCUCGAUUUGUUUGCUGAAUCAUAACAUACAAGUUUUCCAAUGAGGCCAAAGAUCUUUUAUAACAGCUAAUCUAGAGAGAGGAUGUAAAUAUGUACUUUUGGAAAAUACUACAAACCAUAUUAUGAUCAUA